ACCCCAGGCACAUCUGCUGCCCCAUCACCCGCAGCCGAAGCUACGCUGCCUCCAGCCAGUAAGCUCUGCCCCUCUUGCAGGUCCGGCGGGUCGUAGCUGUUUGGGGCCGUCUGAUUGUACUUGAGGAACAGUCUCCGCGCUCGUAGCCGUGCCCGCACCAGCGCUGGCUCGCUUGCGAGGUAGGGCAGACCAAGAAGGGACUUCUGAGUCUCGCUGAGAGAGCCCUGAGCGUCCUUGGCGUGCUCAGAGUCGACCUUGGCAAAGCGGGCGGAAUUGUUGGACAUGGCACAGGGAGCAAGAGGAAGUGUCGGGACAGCAUGUCCAGCAAGGAAGGGAGGACUCCCAAGGAAGGACUGCCCUCCCUCGGCUGCACACAAUCUCUCCGACGUCACUCGGCAAAGUCGUCUGUGGGGCUCCGCUUCCGCCUCCGCUUCGACAUGCACGACAGCGAGGGCGAUAAAAGGGCAGGAAGGACUGGACCAGAAGGCACCUUUGUAGCCGACCCAUACCUCCCCGACGAUAACGGCAGCGAUAUGGAGCCCUCUCUAGAGCCUCCCACUCAGCCACUCAAGGUCGGUUUCACAGCCACGCAGAGGUUUGACGCUCUAGACGCACGGUACGCCGACCGUCUGGCGGGCAUGUCCAUGGAGGAGCGCGGCCUACUUGGACUCCCUUACAUGCCCAAUGACCCGAAGCUGAUGGCGCAGCGCCUGCGAGCUCGUCAGCUCGAGUACGAGUACAACCACUCGCCCCCGGGUGCUUCACCACCUUCGAUCGACCGGCAGGGCAAUGUGGUCGAUGCGGAGGAAAGUCCCCUGCACGAUGUGGCCAAUCGGCAAAGGCAGCGCAUCAUUGGACAGCUGUUCGAUCUGAGCAAGGAGAUGAGCAAGCGAGUCUUCCUCGAGCCACCCUUUCACGUCGACUUUGGCUUCAACAUCAAGUUCAAGGGAGACUUCUUUGCCAAUGCCGGACUCUGCAUCCUAGACGUCGCAGAGGUCACCAUUGGGCAGGGGGUACUCUUCGGACCUGCCGUACACAUCUAUGCCGCAACGCACAGCGUCAGCGUGACUGAGCGGUCAGAGGGCUUCGAGAGGGCGCUUCCGGUGUCAAUCGGAGACGACUGCUGGGUAGGAGGGAACAGCUGCAUCAUGUGAGUUCAGACGCUCGAGGCUAGCGUCCAGUGCUGCACUGCACUACAGCUCAAGUCAUUGACCACGGCUCUUCGCUUCAUCUCUUGUAGGGCGGGAGUGACAAUCGGCCGUGGCUGUACCAUUGGGGCGGGCAGCGUCGUCACAAGGGACAUACCAGACUUUUCUGUUGCCCUAGGAAACCCUGCGCGAGUGGUCAAGACCCUGGACGUCACCCAGCAGGGCGACC